GCAGCUGCCAGCACUUCAGGUCACAGUCACGCCUCCACCCAAGUGAAAGAGGAGGAAGUAUGUUGUGCAAAAAGUGUCAUGCACAUUGUGCCUCCCAACACUUAUUUAGCACAUCACCUAUUUGAUAGGACACGGCCGGCCCGGUUCAUUCAUUCGACUUGAUCAAGUCAUCAUUCUGCAAAAUCAGCUUUUCUCCCAGUACUCCUGCAUUCCCCCACACUCCAAAAACAUGUAUGUUUGAAACUCUCCCACUAAUCCCAAUAUUGCCACCAUUAGGACUCGAACCCCUUCAAAAUGGCUAGUCUUGAUUUUGCGUAUGAAUUGUUAUAAAUCAGGAUAUUGUUCUAUAUUUUUUAUUUCAAAAUAAAAAUAUCGAUCGUGGAGCACUAUAUCGUGAUGUAUCGUGAAUGAAUCACAGCAGGCUUUAAGAUAUCGGCAAAUAUCGUAUCGAGAUCCUUUGUAUCGAUAUGAUAUCGUAUAGUGGGAAAACUCGCGAUUUACACCCCCUAAUGUCGACAAUAACCAUGAACGUCAUAUGGCUGUGUUUGCUCAAGCUCUAAUACUUGCAGUCCAAAAGAGUUACAUCAUGACGUGCGCUGAUCUGACGUUUUUUGGAGUUGAUCAGAUUUCGGUGGCCACAAAUUGAGCUUCGGCGAGCUUGAGCGAGCGAGUGAGCGAGCGAGCAUUGCACGCAGCAUUUCCGAUCUUUGUUGUCGCGCCACCGCCGCCGCACAUGCGCACAUGGUCGUAGCUGUGUCAACAGCAGGUCAGCUAUCCUGCGACGGGCCGCCCGCUGCUUUCUCCGUAAACAGACACUCAGGCGGAGGACCGAGGACGCAACCGCCCCCGACCAGACGCCCGGCCGGAGUCUCCGAUGGAUUGAUCGCCCCGGCAAACUCUGACACCGUCGUCGUCGUCGUUUCCAAUGGCCGCUUGUUGAGAAUGGAUGGUAUUUGUCACGUCGCACCAAGGAAGCCUUUGAACGCCCUGUCAGCAACGACGAUUCUUGGCUCAUUGACGUUGGAGUGAUCUACCCAUGCAAUGGCAGUCUUUAGCCACCAGGUGCUCUUUGCUGUUACGAGAUCCAGGGGGUCGUAUCUGUUGUCCCAGCGGCACGGCUGCUCUUCUCUGUCUUCGAGAGCUUACCUCCACGUAGGGGCUCCACGCAACAUCUCGUCAUCGGCCUGCCCGCUCAGGCGCUCCCGCUACGGCCACCCUCGCUGUUACCACAACCUGGGCUGCGGCCAAAACUCUGCCCUACUGGCCCGAGCCCUGCACAGUUCUGUCGUUUGGCUCCAAGACAGUAAAAAUGGGGAGACCUCACCUUCUGCCCAAAGUCCGGCAUCGGACGAGAAAAAGGACACGGCCGUUGUCCAAGCGCAAACGCCCGUCGCUGCCACUCCUGGAGCCACGGCGCCGGCCGUGGCGAAGAAGGCUCUGCACCUCAGGAUCGUGGACGAGCUGAAGCAUUAUUACAAUGGCUUCCGGUUGCUCGGUAUCGACACCACGGUCGCAGGAAGGAUGGUGUGGAGUCUGCUGCACGGACACAUCCUCACGCGUAGGGAAAGGAGAAGGCUGCUGAGGACGUGCGCCGACCUCUUCCGUCUGGUGCCCUUCAUGGUGUUCAUCAUCGUCCCCUUCAUGGAGUUCCUCCUUCCCGUCUUCCUCAAGCUCUUCCCAGAAAUGUUGCCCUCCACCUUUGAGACAGAGUCCAAAAAGGAGGAGAAGCAAAAGAAGGGCCUUGCCGCAAAGCUGGAACUGGCCAAGUUUCUCCAAGAGACCAUCGCUGAAAUGGCUCGAAGGAACAAGGCCACGGCUCAGAGCGAGGAUGAGACUCAGCGCUUCUCCACAUAUGUUCAGAAGGUCCGGGGCACGGGCGAGCAGCCCACCACCAAGGACAUUGUUCGCUUUUCAAAGCUGUUUGAGGACGAGCUGACACUGGAGCACUUGGAGCGCCCCCAGCUGGUCGCUCUGUGCAAACUGCUGGAGCUGCAGCCCAUCGGCACCAACAACUUGUUGCGCUUCCAGCUGAUGUUGCAACUCAGGACCAUCAAGUCAGACGACGAGAUGAUUGCGGCCGAGGGCGUAGCGGCAAUGAGUGUGUCAGAGCUGCAGGCGGCUUGUCGCAGCCGCGGGAUGAGAUCUCUGGGUCUUACCACGGAUCAGCUCCGUCUGCAACUGCAGCAGUGGCUGGACCUGCACCUGAAUGAGGAUGUUCCUCCGUCGCUGCUGCUGCUCUCCAGAGCCAUGUACCUGACAGACAUCAAACCCAAGGCCCCGGUCAUCCCGCCUGUGCCCAAACUUGAGAAAAGCACUCCAGUGGAGACUAACGGAGCAAACGGGGCCUCGGUGGGCUCGGACCUGCUGUCGGACCCCGCGGUCGUCGUCAAAGACAGGCCGGCUGAGGAGAUAAGGAGCAAAUCUCCUCUUAUGUCAGACACACCUUUAACUGCUGCCCAAGUCCUUCAGGCUAAAGCAGCAACCGAAGUGUCCCAGAAGAGUAAGAUGAGCGCCAACGGUGUGUAAAGAGUCUGGACUCAACAGGGGAAAUGAAUCUAGGCAGCCCAGAGCCAUUGACAACGGAUCUUUCUUGCGCCUAAUUGAGCCGAGGGAGGCUCGCUGAAGACGUUAACUGGCGCUCUGGAUUCCAGAUCGGCUUUCUUUCCUCCCCGUUGCCAGCUUUCACUUACUUGCAGUUGCAGGAUCUUGACCUCCAAUUUGUGCCGGUGGCAACACUCUCGAAAUUUCAGCCUGGCUACUGCCUCAACGGGUGCCUCCCUCUUGUUGGAUUCCUCCUCCUGUAAAUUUGUAAAUGUUGUGUAUAGUCGUCAUUGGUGUCGUAGGGUUUGCUAUGCAAACUGGAGACCUGAACAAAGCUCCCAUUGUAUGCCCGUCGGUUGCUCCUGUUCAACACGAGACACAGAGCUACUCAAGACGUCCAGCUCCAUCCUUUUCCCCGUAGCACGUAGUGAUGUGCAGGGUUGACAGGAAGAGGUUCCACGGUGAUGUAUUUAUCAAAAGAAGUGUCACUCCUUUCACGCAGACAAGAUUGAGGCCAAACAAAUCUGCCUUACUUCAUGCGAUUAUACCACAAUGUAAAGUUUUGUUUCAAAUGGAGAGGCUGAAGUGAAUAUAUUUGUUAUUCAGAAAAACAUUUAUCUAUUUAUAAAAUGUCCCAAUGCGUUGACCUUAAAUCUAAAGGCCUAAGCUUACGCAAAGUCUACUUCAUAGUGUCCUGUAUUUAUGUGAUUUGAUUUGAUCAGGUUUAGUCACCCAAGUGGAUAUCAUUGGAUCGAUUUUCUGUUUAUCCAUGGGCAUGAAUUGCAUUAUUGUUGGAAGUGUCUUCAGAGCGCUGCUCAUUUGAAGCCUUGCACAAGAGCUAUUGUUUGCAGUUCCAUGUCAUGCAGUUCUCAGAAACCGUUCCAAAACAUCUCACAAAGUCCCAUGGUUUUAGGUGAACUAUUUUUACAAUAGUUGAGUCCUAUUUGUUUUCAUAGUGUAUAGUUAGUCCUCUGGGGAAUGAAAAUCAUCCGGAAUUCAUUUAAAAGGCACAAAUGGCUUGUGAUCAGAAAUUGUUUAUAUUGCAUCUCCCCCCCCCCCCCAUUUAAACUUGUUAGUACUGUGUACUGCUUGAUUAUGGUAAGAGUUUGAAGCCCAUGUUCAUGUUAUGUUUCAUCUAUCUGGUUGAACCGCAUUUCGACCGCUCCUGCAUUGGAAAUAAACAAAUGUACUCCUA